UUAAAUAAUUUAAACGCUUUUUGGCUGGAGCUGUGUUGAAUAUAUCACAAAUAAAUUCACCUGCUUCAUCACCCUCUACCCCAGCACAUGCUUUAUGGCCCCAUUUUCCACAUGCAUAACAUUUUAUCCAUCCUUUACCCUUGGUAUCGCUUGAAAACUUUUCUGUUCAGUACAGCCACUCAGUAUCAUCUCCUUCAGACUCAGGUGAGUUAUAUGAAGUUCUCUUUCUUUUAUUUCACUUCCCUUUACCUACUCCAUUGACUUUUUUGUUUUCAUUCCCAGGGAUCAUCUCGUACAUAUAGGAAGGGAUCAUCUUGACCCAAGUCCCACUUUUUGUUAAAUAUUUGCUAAAAUAAUCUACAAGUACGCGGCUACGUUUUUAUGGCCAAAAUAUUAAAAUUAAACAUAAUAGAAAGCCUAACGACAACAGUAAUUACAUUUAACAUUGUUUGAAUAAAAGUAACAUAAGCUCAAAGUCAUGCCUAUUUUAGAUCAGAAGUACACAAUUUUUCUUUUUUCUCGUCAAAUUCGAUGUAUCGCUCACGCCACCAUUACGAUUUGACUGAGGCGGGGAUGUGUCCAGAGCUUUGUUUUACCAGUGAAAGAAACUAAAUGACGUUAGUGGUUUCAGCACAAUCGCGAAAGAUCAUCUUACCCCAGGGGAUCAACUCGUACUACUUUCCCCUACUUAUCACCUUCCCUUGAUUUAAAUAAUGUAUAAGCGCAUCCACACUUUCACCAUCUGGUUAUGCGAAACUUUAAACAUAAUUUUUAGAUGUAGGCAGUAUUUUAAUAACAAUAAACCACAUACAGCUAUUACAUUUUUAAUUGCACCAUUACAUUUAUUAUUAGUUAUUAUAAUAAGAAACUAAAUAAGAAGUAAGUUUUGCCUUAAAUGAGUGCAGUACUGUAGAACUUCGGAAUAUCUACGUAGGUCUACAUUAUGCUUAAUCUAAAGAAGACAUCAUGACAUCAGCUCUCACUACAGAUUACUUUGAUUAAACAAAUAUUGGGCUGGGAAACUCCUACUGUCCUUCACUUAUUUCAAAAUAGGUACUUUCUGCUCUUCUGGUUAUUGCUGUUUAAAAAAUAACAUGCAAUUAAGUCGACCAGAGUGGUCGCUUUGCCAGAAAUUAAACUACAAACUAUCUAGCAGCUAUUUUAGGGUAGGUCAGCUAUAAGCAUGAUGGGUGCGACGUGCUGACAGGGGACCACCAACAGCUGCAGCGAGAUGGAAGAUUAAGACUCCAUGAGCAAUAAAUACCUGAUUGAUGGGCACCAAACAUUUACGGGAAUAUCCCGCAUUAAGUACCUACCCAACAUACCUAAAAUGAAGAACUAUUAAGGUAUACCUCUUACUUCUUCUUGAGUUUACCACUAAAAUUUUAAUCAUAUCGCCUUUAUAACUUCACUUUAUGAUAGACCUUGUGGGCUUUAAUUCACCUACCCGGACGCUAAUAGUAACAGGCUUUGCUUACCAUUAAUUACUGAGUUGAAUUGCAACAACACCUCUGCAGUUUCAUCUUGACACUCUACACAUCCUAAAACUAGUGACAAGAAACCUUUUGUUAGUACCUACACGACUCCAUGCGUUUCCUACGUAACUAUGUAGAAAGAAGAUAUUGUGUGUGUAAACGGAGUUCACUAUCAUAAAUUGAGCUUGUGUUUAGCUUAACAGGAGGUCUUAAUAUUACUUAAAACGCAACUUCAAAAACAUUUAGGUUACCCUAGGCAUCGUUGGAACCUAAAAUCUAGAACGUAUGCUUAUCUUUGCAGACUUACUAAUGCUGUAAAUGCUAUUCCAGCUUUUAAAAGAACAGUAGGUAUUAAUCCGCUUUUCACACAUUUCUACACUCCUGUUUCUCAUUCACAGCCAAAAAUUGAACGAGUCAGUGAAGUGGGAAAAGCUUGAGAUGGACCGUCGCCUGCCAACAACAUCAUGCAGAUACGAACAGCUUUUAAAACACUCUGCUUCUGACUUUCCUGUAAAAACUGUCACUCAGCCAUUAGUUCUGCCAGAGCCAGAACAUUAAGCAAAUGAUCACUGAUUUCACUUGAAACUGGUUUUCUACAGUAAGAAUAAGGAUAAGCGAACUGUUGAAAGAUGGAAUCGUGAGCGCUAGACCUACAAGUCAUCUGAUUGCUAAACCGUUGUAUCUUAAAUUCUCCUCGCAGAAGAGUUUUGAUUGCUGUUUCCAUAUUGUUCGACCGUUCAAUUCUCCUAUUUUUUCCGUUCAUUCUACAUGAGCUUUGACAAGUUUGGUAUAUAGAGUUUGAAUUUGAAUCUAGGGCCACAGAAUUGAGGCAAAACGAAGAGUAAUAUUUAUUUAUCUGCUAACUAAAGUUUAGGAUGCAAAAAGAGUCAUAGGUAAGCGAAGCUUUUUACAACACAAAAAACAAACGAUAUCUCAUCAAAAAAUGUGAUCGUUUCAAGUGUCCUGCCCUAACCUAACAGUGUCACCAUUUUCAUGCAUGGAAGAAUGCUUUGAGUUCAAUUUACUUAUAUCUACAUCCAAUUGUUUCCUAAUUUAUGGAGUGGUUUGAUGUUUCCGCCUUACAGAGCAUCGUUGAAACGAGGACUCGCUUUCUCUUACUCAUUUAAGAAUCCGCCGCUCUCGAAGAUGGGGCAUGUGAACAGCCAGUCGCAACAGCUACAAGCCGAAGCUGGACCUUCUGCAUCCAAGGGUGACAAGACAGCCGCGGUAGCUGGGCCGGCAGUAGUGCCAGCAGGAGCAGGAGGCCAGGCGGGAGGACAGGCGGCCGGGGCUGCGGGAGGGGCGGCAGGGGCGGCCGCAGGGCCGACGGGACUGGCAGCAGGACCCUCGACCGCACCCGUCGCCGGGCCAAGCACGAGCUCUGACAAAGGCGAGAAGGAAAAGAAGUCGAAGUUCAUCAGCAGCAGGAAUAAAGGCGGGCGCUCCCUGAGCCCGGGCCGCAAGGACAAGGAGGACAAAAAGGACUGACACCGGCGCGACCGCUCGGCCGACUGAGCGCCGGGGAGGAAGCGAAAACUACACCUUCGAUGGCUUUAUGAAUGGUGCUGGUAGUUUUCAGACGAGGGUCAGAUAACUCUAAUUUUGAUGUGCUAUAUUGACUUGAUAGAAUAACACCAUAUGUUAUUUGGUGUCUAUUAUAAUUAACUAUUAGGAGAUUUAAUCGUGUGAAUAUAUCAAAAUUGUGAUCCCGUAAUGUCACUUGAAACUGUAGCGUUAGCGAUUUUGUGUCUCAGCAUUAAACUUAAGUAGGCUACAUCCUAAUGCAGGUUUACAUGCUAACUCUAUACUUACUACCUAAUGACCCCCCAAGACAAGAAUUACAUAAUAUGGCGUGUCCACACAUUCCGCCGGCUUAUGCCGCUGGGUUUGUCGCCGGCUUUCAAAAUGCUUUGCCAGUAAAAGAUGCACGGCCGCCGGAUUGACCGCCGGCCCGGCAUCUAUGGAUGGAUACGCCAAUAAAGGUAGUGUACCUUCACGCAUGGGGAUUCCCCCGUUACCUACUAGAACAACCGUAGUACAGAGUUCUUGUAUCCCCCUAGCUUCCGGUAAACAUUAGAGACGUCAUCUAUAAUAAAUACAUAUCUAAUAGGACAUAUUAUAUUAUUUAUCAAGUACUAUGUACAACGAUAUACUAUUACUAUACAUACUGAUAUUUUGUAGUAACUAAUACCUACCUAGUACCUGUUUCUUUUUAAUUAUGAGGACCAUUCACGCAUUUCGUACACUAAUUUACUAUUAUAUUCCAAAAUUAUAUAUAUUUCUUUACCCAAUGACCACUUAAUUAUAAAUAUUACAUAUUAAUUCUAUAUUUGACAUAACUUGCUACAAUUUAGCUAAAUCUAUUUGUACUGAAUUUUAACUAAAUGCCUUUAACAUGACAAGAUACAAUAAUUAUUAUUGUAUCCUAUCAUUAAAUUAUUCUAUGAUGAUUUUUACCAAAGUUUCUAUUAACUUAUACCUUUGUAGAAUAAGAGCAUGGAAAGUAGAAAUAUUUCUUGUAACAAAUAAGUAUUUAAAAGUUAAGAAAUAUAAUAAUUUAAUAAUCAAAUUAUACCCUAAAUUAGAUGAUUAAGUAUACAUUAUCUAGUUGUUAAAAGUGAAAUAUUAUGUUAAAGUUGUGGUAGUUAGCAGUAAUAUAGAAGUUGUUUAUUUUUCGUAUUUAUCUAUGAAAAACAUUAAUACAUUUUGCUGUUUGAAACAGCUACUUAUGCGUGUAGAUAAUGUUAAUAUGUACUUAAUUACUAUUAUUCCUACGUUUUAUUGCGUUUAGCAAAUGAAAGUUUCGUCUGAUCCGACCAUAAUAAAGGAUUUUGAUUAUUAGUUAAGAGCGUUUACGCGAAGCGCGGCAUUUCAAGGGGCAUCAUUGGAAAUGAUUCGCGCGCGGCGUUUUUUAAUAGUUUUCAAAUGUUUAUAGCAAAACAAUAACAAUGAAUUAAAUAUCGUUUCAAAGUAAAUAUUUUAAAGAA